GGAUUUCGUUUUGUAUGUUUUGGAUUUCCAAUUACAUGGAUUUAUGUUGGUCUUAGAAACUGGCAAAUUAAAAGGGUUUAUUCUAGAUGGGCUGUUUGUUUAAUUGUUUAUUUACCAGACUAGAUUUAUUAGUUUGUCUCUAUGUUCCACCAACUUUUUUGACUAACUUGACAUUUUUUUUGAUACUGUUGAUUUGCUUAAUUUCACUGUUACUCUGUCUUUUCUUCCGGAGCUACAAACUCUGGAGUUUUCUAGACGUAAGGAAACCCAUUAGUGAGUCAUCUCUUAAAAUUCUAUCAUUUCGUAAUUUCUUAAAAUUUCCUGGGCUUUUGUCUUGUGUUCCAGUUGGUUUGGGGGUUUAGUCUCUACUAUUUUUCUGGGUUGUCUGUAAAGCCAUAGAUCAGCUGUUCGUGGAUUUUUUUUUUUUUUGUACUGUAUAUUGAAGGGUUAUUUUUUGCCCUUUGGACAGGUUGUUGAUGUUCUAAAAUCAUGCCGACGUUUACUGCUAUAGCUUUGGAUAGACUAAUAGAAGCAGGAACCCAAAAGACUAUGGCAGGAUAUAAGGGUUCUGAUCAGAAACUUGACCGGAGUAAUAGUUCUCCUAAUUCCACAUUUGAUAGAGGAACUAAUUCCACAUUUGAUAGAGGAACUACUGUUCCCAGGACUAAGCUAGAAAAGGCCGUUAGCGUGCCAAAUGGGAAGUUGGAACAGAGGAAUGGUACAGCAGCUGUGACUAUCGAUAGGAAGCAUCAUUGGACCCAGAUAUCUCCUGCAUUGUAUGCCACUCCUGAGCCAACCCCUCUUCCCGAUUCUCCAUCUUCCUUUCCCCCUUCGCCUUACAUCAUCAAUCACAAGCGGCGUGGUCCUCGUCUUCUCAAGAGCUACUCCGAGGAUGAUGUUGCAAUCCGCAACCGAGCUUCGGAUGAAGAGAAGUUGGAUAAUGUAAAAGAUGUUGAUAAUGAGAUUGAAGAAGCAACUAAUGGACACCCAGAGGAGAUUGCUGAUAAUGUAAAAGAUGUUUCUACUACCACUCGGGACCCUUUCUGGGACAAGAGUUUUGAUGCUGACGCUGAUGGGGAAUUCAGAAUCAAUGGGUUGUCUAAUGGUUUAAGUGCUGAAAAUGGUGCCUCUAAGUCUGUCACAUUUAGUUUCCAACGAGACCCUGAAGCUGAUGAUUUCUGUGACCCUCAAGAAUCAAUGAGUGUCAAGAGCAAUGCUGAGAGUGAGACUAAUGUCGGAGAGCGAUCUCUAUAUGUAGCAACCCCAUUGGCGGAAUUCUAUGAUGCAUGGGAAGAAUUAUCCUCUGAGAAUGGUCCCCAGCCUCCUGUGCCAGACAUUGAAGCUGAACUACGCGAAAUAAGGUUGAGUUUGAUGACGGAGAUAGAAAAAAGAAAGCAAGCAGAAGAAACAUUACGAAGCACCAGAGCUCAGUGGCAGAAGAUUCGAGAAGAAUUGUCCAUUGUAGGGUUGACUGUGCCUGCAGAUCUCGUUGCUGAUUCCAAGGACGAACCAUUGAAUGAGUCUACUGAAGACCUUUCCUUACAAAUGGAGGUUGUGCGGUUUGUCUCAAAUUCAAUUGGAAGAGGAACUGCAAAAGCUGAGGUUGAGGCAGAGAUGGAGGCUCAAAUGGAGUUGAAGAACUUUGAGAUUGCUCGAUUGUUAGACAGGCUACAUUACUAUGAAGCUGUGAACCGGGAGAUGUCUCAGAGGAAUCAGGAGACCAUAGAGUCUUCAAGGCGCCUUAGGCAAAUGAAGAAGAGAAGGCAGAGGUGGAUCUGGGGAUCAGUUGCUACCGCUGUGACCCUUGGUGCUGCUGUCUUAGCGUGGUCCUAUUUCCCAGGUGGUAAAGGGCAUUCUUCCGCCAGUUUGGCUCAUGCGUCCGAGGGUGACUCUGAAUCAUCUCAUUGA